CAUUUUGACAUUUGUUUGGCUUUGUGUUCCAAUAGAUAAAUGAUCAUGUAAUUACUUGAAAAACAGCUUGUUCUGUUUAUAUUUCCGCGAUUGAACAACACGCAGGAAUUUCGGAUGAAUAAAAUCUAAUGCAUCAGUGAGAAUCGUUUUCGUUUAACAGUACAUAAAUCGAUAAGUUGUAGUGCCGCUUUUUUAGUUUUCUCGUUUCGAUUUUGCAGUUAAUUGGUGUUAAAAAGGUCAAAAUGCGCGGUGUUUCUUGAAAUUAGUUAAUAAAGAUCAAUAAUUAAUAAAUUUUAGUGUACUAUAGUAUUAAAAUGUGAAUAAAAGUAGCUUGUAAAAAAGGCGCGAAUACUUUUUGCCGCGCCGAAUUUUCGAGGACAAAAAUAAACCAGAAAGUGUUGAGACAAAGACGCUUCAGACGCGGUUUAUGUUUAUUAAAGACAUCCCGUUGUGUGUGUAAAAUUUUCGCAGUUCCGGUGCCCUUUAUGCGUGGAAGAAAAAUAACUUUCUAAUUUUCGUAUUGGGUUCAAUUUCAGGUUGAAUCCUUCCUGAACCUGCAAUGCGUUUAAGGAGUAGAAAGAGGGAGCGGCCGCUCUCGGGGAAGAGGAAUUCACCAAUAGUGUCCAAAUUAAUCAAGCCAAUUACCAAGACUUUGACGAACACUUCUAAAAGUGCGUGGAAGACAAUCCUGAAUCGUGAUGCUGCCAAAAAUGGGAUACAGGACUCACAAAUCUAUACCAGAUCUAAAAAUUUAAAAACACGACCCGUUAGAACCGUGAGAAGCAUGGAGAAACCAGUUGACUCGCACAAAACAAGGUUGAGGCACAAAGAGGAAAGUUGUAAUAAGAAACCGAUCUUCCAAACCGUUGUUCGUAGCAGUAAUAAAGAUUCUGUAACUUCAACAAAGUCCAAAACUCAAAAUGACAAAGUAACAACAACAUCUAAAUCGAAAAUCAAAGAUGUACGUACAACCAAGGCGGCACAGUUACGAGUGAACUCUCUCAAUAGGGAACUACGCAAAACUGAAACAAUGCCAUCAAAUAUUAGUUCACCAAGAAAGACGAGACGUUUAGAUAAAGGUGAUAAGUCUGCUUCAUUAAACAGCUCACCUAUUCGCAAAGUACGUCAAAUGGGUGUGCCGUCACCAAAAGUAACAAAAACCACUGUAAGUUCUACGGAUGAAAGUCCUAAGAAAAAAUCUAAAACCAAAUCUCCUGUUGUCCCAGAAACAAAUCGAAACUGGUGUAAUGAUGACAAUGAUGUAAUGAUGUAUGAAGCGCAUACUACUACAGUUGAUUUCCCCACUCAGAAAAGUGAAGAAUCGGACUCUGAUGGACAAGUGGAAUCUUCAGAAUUAUGUCUUCCAAAUGACUGUCUCAACGAUUUCAUAGCUAUAGCAGAAUGCGCUAGAUUGAUCAAUGCAGAAAUAGCUCCCGAAGAUGAAGAUAUUAACUUCUUAGCUGAUAAGGCAGCUCGGGUGAUGACCACUGAGAAAGAAGAACGGCUGUUGAGGAAAAAUUCUGUCGACAAACGAGUGAAUAAACGUAGGAAAUCAAGCAACGAUCUGGAAAUGUACCAACCAACGUCCACUACUGAUGAUUUGGAUAGUUGUACAGAAUUUCUGACUGUGGCUGGAGAAAAAUAUGUACAACCGGACUUCACGUCGCUCUUGGAACAAGAUGGCUACGUGCGUGACUCGGAGUGCGAGAUCUCGUCAACUUGCGUAGACACGCACGGCACAGCCAUCGAGAGCCUUGAAGCGCUCUCCAGGAACCCCAGCUCAGGAUUCCUAGCUGAAAUCAGUCAGAGCCUGGCAGCUGAGGGACAUGGAUGGAACCCCUCUGACAUAAAUGUGGACGAAACAUCACUCGUAUGCAACGAUGAGCAAACACCUUCCGACAUCGAGGAGGAAGCGGUAGACGUGAUAUCAUCAUGCAGCAGCCGUGUAGACUGCGAGCAGAUUUCUUCAUGGGUUGACACCUUCGACCCCUAUCUCUUCAUCAAACAGCUGCCCCCGUUGGAGUCGGUGGCCACCCGUGCCCUCCGCGCCCGCUUCCCGGCUCUGCCGCUCAAGACGCGCACCAGUCCGGACUUCAGCCUCGUUCUGGACUUGGACGAGACGCUGGUCCACUGCUCUCUGCAAGAGUUGCCGGACGCCAGCUUCCACUUCCCCGUGCUCUUCCAGGACUGCAGAUACACGGUGUUCGUGCGCACGCGGCCGCACUUCGCGGAGUUCCUGUCGCGCGUGUCGCGCCUCUACGAGGUCAUCCUCUUCACGGCCAGCAAGCGCGUGUACGCCGACCGGCUGCUCAACCUGCUGGACCCGGCGCGGCGGUGGAUCAAGUACAGGUUGUUCCGCGAGCAUUGCCUACUGGUGAACGGCAACUACGUUAAGGAUCUAUCGAUCCUCGGCCGCGACCUGCGCAAAACCGUCAUCGUGGACAAUAGCCCGCAGGCGUUCGGCUAUCAGCUGGAGAACGGCAUCCCGAUCGACAGCUGGUUCGUGGACCGCAGCGACAAUGAGCUACUCAAACUGCUUCCCUUCCUCGAGCAUCUCUCCACGAAGGACGACGUCCGCCCGUACAUCCGCGACAAGUUCAAGUUAUUCAGCUACCUGCCGCCCGACUAAGUCGUCAAUCGAGUCAGCGACCAACGACUAAUCGACUAGGUACUACCACUCCGCAUUGCUAAUUAUAACCUAUUGCGUUUCAAACAUAUGUAAAUUACAUAAAUUAUAAAUAUACAUUCGUAACGUUGCAACAAUAUCGUUAUUGCGUUAUUACUGGGACAUUUUCGCAAUUAGUAACGUUUGAGCCUACAUAACGCUACAGCUGGCUGUAACGUUGUCAUAAUAUCGUUAUUACCGGUACAUUAUUACAAUUAGUAACAUUCGAGCGUUCAAGUGGCGUCGCUACUACAACGCUUUCUGCAAUAACGUUAUAUAUCGUUAUUGCAUUAUUCCCGGGACAUUUUUACAAUUAGUAACAUUUGAGCGUGCAGGCGAUGUCGCCAUUACAACACUUUCUGCUGCAAUAGCGUUGUGGCGUUAUUGCCUUAUUCUCGGGAUAUUUUCGCAAUUUAUAACGUUUUAGCGUGUAGGUGGCGUCGCCAUUACAACGCCUUAGACAAUAAUGUCGUUAUAGACGCAACGUUAUCAUGGC